AUGAGACUUAGAGAUUCUAGUGUUGAGACUAACACUUCUACAGCAUCAGCUUCGCCUUCUUUUGCUAAUAGAACAGUGGCAGCACAUGAUGUGGCAUCUUCGAAAGAGGCUUCUAAGGCUCUUCAGGAGAGUGUUAGGAGGCUAUAUACUGAGCCCUAUCACUCUUGGCGGGAGAUUCCAAACAGUAUUCGCCAGGCAAUGUUUAAUGAAUUCAAGACUUUAUGUACCUCAGAGCCAAGGUACAAUAAGGUUAUUGCGACCACUUUUGAAAGAAAAGCGAGCGCCAUACUGUCUAGCUGGCUAAAGAAAGCUAGGGAUGAUCGGGAACUUUUGAGUUGGAUGCUGCCUCAUAUAUUUGAAGAAUUAUGCCGGUAUUGGGAUACCGAGGAAUUCAAGGCUUUGUUUGAACAAGAAAAAAAAGCAAGAGCAAGCCUAAAGGGUGGCUCGUUGCACACCGGAGGUGCAAAGAAUGUUGGUACGAAUCAGAGGGAGAUGGAAAAAGAAUUGAGACGCACUUUCUAUCGUCAUGAAGUCUUUAAAAAGAUUCAUGUAAAAAAAGAGACUAAUGUGUCAGAUCCAGAUGAGUGGGUGAGGAAAGGGCCGAACGAGCCUAUGUAA